UAUUAUCUACAAACAACUUUUUAAUUCUUUCUCCAAUAAGUUCUCCAAAAACGGUUUUUAAUGGGACAACAUCACGUCCAAUCACGGUUACCUUGUAAAAUGAAAGAGCAAAGAAAAAUAUCGACUUACGUAUCUAUUUAAUCUACUCAAAAUUUUAUAUUUAAAAGUUCAAAUUUGUACAUAAGUAUGUAUGUAUUUUGUAAAAAUAUUUAUCAAAAAAUAUAAAUAUGUAUGUAUAUAGGGAUAAUUAGGGCCUGAUCAGUGAAAGGAAAGCGAUUAACUAUUAUGUUUGAUAAUGUAAUUUUAGAGUGAGAAGAAUUAUUUGGUAUUGUGAUUUACGUAUCUCGUUUUUUUCUAAAAUAAAAUGCAAAAAUCCAAUUGGCAAAAUGAGGAAUCUUAAUGGAAAAAUGAAUAUCCAUUAGAAAAACGGAGAAUUCUGAUUUGAAAAGCGAAGAAAAAAAGCAAGAUACACGUGAGCGAGAUACAAGUAAGUAAGAAAAGCGAGAAUAGGCUAUUAAACUUCCUGUUAAACUGUUAGAGUUCCCGCGAUGAAACCAUCACGUCGAAAUUGAUACCAUUUUCAUUUAUCACGGCUACAACUACUAGAAUAGUACUAGAAUAGUACGAAUUUGCAUGCGUAACGACUUCCAGAAUAUGGGUGGUUAUAUGUAUAUAUUUUUAAAAGCACACGCGGUUGCUUCACGAAACCGUGUUAAAUUUAUAAAUAAUAAGCUUUGCAUCGCGAGUUAGUUUUUCUUUUCACCGAGAAUUAUAUAAUUUUUUGACAAAUUGAAUUUAACAUAUGUAUAUUUUGACAUUGUCAAAAAUAACUCUUAUUUUUUAACUCUUAUUUUUAAAAUAAUUCUUAUUUUUUUAUCAUAUUGUAUUUCAAAAAUAUUUUAUAAAUCCAACCAAAUCACAAAAUACGCUUCCAACGUGAACGAAUUCUUUGAAAAAGCUUUUGAACUACACGUUGUAGUCGCAUAAACUUGAUUGAAGUUUGAUCUUGAAUGAGCCAAACGCAUAAUAUAAUUAUAUACAUAUUUAUAUUUCAAAACACAUGAUUGAUUAUUAUAUGAUAUUUUAUCAGUUUGAUUUGAAGUUCCUGCUUGAAGUAAUUUGUUUAUUUGUGCAUGCUUACUUAUUAUAUAAAAACGAAAACCUAACUGCAUCUUAUUUCUAACAAGAUACAUACUUUCAAAAUAUGACCAAAUUGCCAACCAAUUUAAAAAGUCUAUUUGACUAUGUGGAACAACAUAAAGCUGAAUAUAUAGAAGCAUUACGCGAGGUAUGUUCUAUAAAAUCUGUGUCAGCAUGGCCAGAUCAUCGUUCAGAGGUUCAAAAAAUGGUACAAUGGACAUCUGACCGCUUAUCUAAACUAGGUGUAAAGUGUGAGUUAGUAAAUGUUGGUGAACAAAUUUUGGCUGACGGUAAAAAAAUUGAAUUGCCAAAUGUUGUAUUAGGAGAAUUGGGAAACGAUCCAAAAAAAAAAACCAUUUGCGUUUAUGGACAUUUAGACGUGCAACCAGCUCUGAAGGAGGACGGUUGGGAUACUGAACCAUUUGUACUCACACAAAAAGAUGGAAAAAUGUAUGCCCGAGGUGCUUCAGAUGACAAAGGGCCCGUUUUGUGUUGGAUACAUGCAAUUGAAGCAUAUCAAAAAUUAAAUAUAGAAAUACCUGUAAAUAUAAAAUUUGUUUUUGAAGGAAUGGAAGAAUCCGGCAGUGAAGGUCUGGAUGAACUUCUUUUUAGUAGAAAAGAUGAUUUUCUAAAAUCUGUUGAUUAUGUUUGCAUUUCUGACAAUUAUUGGCUCGGUAAAAAUAAACCGUGUAUAACGUAUGGUCUUAGAGGAAUUUGUUAUUUUUAUAUCGAAGUUGAAUGUGCAUCAAAAGACUUACAUUCUGGUGUAUUUGGAGGAACAGUACAUGAGGCAAUGACUGAUUUAAUUUAUUUACUUAACACUCUUGUUGACAAAGAUGGUCGAAUUUUGAUCACAAAUCUGGAAAAAGAUGUUGCACCAUUAAUGGAAGGAGAACAUGAAAUGUACGAUUCCAUAGAUUUUGAAGUGAGUGAAUAUAAAAAGGAUUUGGGCACAAUGCGUUUAUUGCAUAAUGAAGAAAAAAGGAAAAUUUUAAUGCAUCGUUGGAGAUUUCCUAGUUUAUCUAUUCACGGAAUUGAAGGCGCGUUUUAUGAGCCAGGCCAAAAAACAGUUAUUCCACGCAAAGUUAUUGGUAAAUUUUCAAUAAGAAUUGUCCCAAAUCAACUACCAGAAAAUAUCGAAAAAUAUGUUAUUGAUUAUUUGUCAAAAAAAUGGGCUGAAAGGGGAUCACCAAAUAAAAUGAAAGUUUUGAUGGCACAUGGUGGUAAACCUUGGACAGAAGAUCCUUCUCAUCCACAUUAUGAAGCAGCAAAGCAAGCUGUUAGACAUGUGUUCAAUGUUGAACCAGAUAUGACUCGCGAAGGUGGUUCUAUUCCAGUAACUUUAACAUUACAAGAAGCAACAGGAAAAAAUGUUGUAUUAAUACCAGUUGGAGCAUGUGACGACGGGGCUCAUUCUCAAAAUGAAAAAUUGGAUAUUUUUAACUAUAUUCAAGGAACAAAGCUUUUAGGUGCUUAUAUUUACGAAGUGGCAAGAUUAUCAUAAUUUUUUUUUAGCUCUGUCAUUUAAAACAUGAAAUUGCAUCACAACUUGAGUCAAACUUUUUAUUGUUACAGAUAACUAAAUAAUUAUUCAUUUUAUAUUUUUAUGCAAACAAAUAAACGUAACAUUUUCGUAUACUGCAACAAA